UCCACGCAGAGAGGAAGGGCAUGACAUGGAGCUAAACCUGCCUAUGUACACUUAUAUAUGCGUGUUAGCGUGUACAAAAGGGUAGAGCGAUUUAUUUUUUUGGUAUUCAUAAAAAGCCUCCACAUGGCGUUAAUCCUGUUUACCAGAACUCGGGCACCUUUAAUGAAAACAUCCCGGUCUCUAAAGAAAGAUUUCCAGAAAGGCAAAGGCAAACUACAAGAUGGUGCCUGUUUCAACUGCACAGCGCUCAGACUCUCCAGUCAAAAACUUGAUGGGCUCCGACUGGGCAGCUUGGGUCAGAUCUCUUCAUUCGGCCCUUCACUCCACUUGACAGAUGGAUCUGUGGGCCCCUGCCCGAACCUGGAGUCACAGCGGCUUUUCUGCGCUUUUGUGUUGGGGGCCUCCCCUUCCCCGUACCCCUCCAUCACAAUGGGGCCCCAGUGGACGAGAGCGCGGCGUCAGGACAUCCCCGGCGUUAGGUGGAUACACACCUCCAGGAGGCGAUGGGACGACUCUAAGGUGGAGAAGUCGCUGCGUUCGUUAAAGGACAAGACGAAGAAGCUGGAGGAAGGGGGGCCGGUGUACAGCCCCACGCUGGACGCCACGCCCGUAAGACGGACGGUCCGACAGUGGCUCAUAGAAGAAAUUAGGCACUACUACCACGGAUUCAAGCUGCUGUGGAUUGACACCACCAUUGCUGGGAGAAUGCUGUGGAGGGUGCUGAAUGGACACCCGCUGUCCCGCCGUGAGAGGAGACAGUUCCUCAGAACGUGCGCAGACGUCUUCAGACUCCUUCCCUUCCUGGUGUUCAUCAUCGUCCCCUUCAUGGAGUUCCUGCUUCCUGUAGCAUUGAAGCUCUUCCCCAACAUGCUGCCGUCCACCUUCGAGACUCAGUCGAAGAAGGAGGAGAGGUUGAAAAAGGAACUGAGGGUCAAGCUGGAGAUGGCUAAGUUCUUGCAGGACACCAUCGAGGAGAUCGCUCUGCGUAACAAGGUGGCCCAAGGCAAUGUGACGGAGGAGUUCUCCACCUUUUUCCAGAAGAUCCGUGACUCCGGAGAGCGUCCCAGUAACGAGCAGAUCAUCCGGUUCUCCAAACUGUUUGAGGAUGAGCUGACUCUGGACAACCUGACCCGACCUCAGCUGGUGGCACUCUGCCGUCUGCUGGAGCUCCAGUCCAUCGGGACCAACAACUUCCUCCGUUUCCAGCUCAUCAUGAAGCUGAGGGCCAUCCGCGCCGAUGAUAAGCUGAUUGCAGAAGAGGGAGUGGAGAGCCUCAACGUGAACGAGGUGCAAGCUGCCUGUCGUGUCAGAGGGAUGAGAUCUCUCGGAGUCACAGAGGAGCGACUGAGAGAGCAGCUCGUCCAGUGGCUGGAGCUGCAUCUGAACCAGCAGAUCCCCACCUCUCUGCUGCUGCUGAGUCGAGCCAUGUUCUUGCCCGACACCCUGUCACCUGCCGACCAGCUGAAAUCCACACUGCAGACGCUUCCUGAGAUGGUGACGAAGGAGGCCCAGUUAAUGGUGGCAGAGAUGGAGCUCUCUAAAGUGGACAAUAAGUCCAAACUGGAGGCCACGCUGAAGGAGGAAGCCGUCAUACGCCAGGACAACAAAGACAGAGAGAUGGAGAGGCUGGCUGACGCUGCAGAGAAGGCUGCACGGGACAGUGAGUUGGAGCUGGAAGCAGAGAAAGUCAAGCUCGGCAAAGCGGAUGCAGAGCCGGUGUUGGUCGACAUAGCUGAGAAACUGAGAGACCCAGCUCCUGUCAUCGAGGGAAUCAAGGGCGAGGAGAUCACCAAAGAAGAGAUCGACAUGUUGAGUGAUGCCUGCUCGAAGCUGAAGGAGCAGAGGAGGCUGUUUACUCUGGAGAAAGAAGAGCUGGAGGAGCUGAAGGAUGACGUCCAGGAGUACAACGAGGAUCUGGAGGAGAUAAAGAAGGAGCUUUCUAAGACCGGUCAGGAGAAAGCACUGGAGGAAUCAAAGGCGAGCCAGCGUUUGUCUAAGAGAGUGAACCACAUGAUCGGACGCAUCGACAAGAUCAUCGGGGAGCUGGAGAAGGACAAAGUCACCCUGGACGGACAAAUCGACAGUGGAACCAGCCCACCUGUUGGUCUGUUCUACACCUUUAGGGAGAACCUCAUCAGCAUCGACGAGCUGAUCAACAUCAUGCGGCAGAUCCAGAACAUUCCAGAGCACAAGCUGCAGAGCAUCGCCGAGGCGCUCGACGACAACAAGGACGGCAAGAUCGACAUCGACAACGUCAUCAAAGUGGUGGAACUGAUCGACAAAGAGGACAUCGACAUCUCGACCACACAGGUGGCCGACAUCAUGGUGAUGCUGCAGAAGGAGGAGAAGCUGAUUGAGAAGGAAAAGGCCAAAGAGAAGGCGGAAAAGGAACAGGCAGCCACACUCAACAGCUAACUCAAACUCUCAAGCUUAACUCAUGCAGCACUUGUACAAAGUGAGGAGUUUUGUGGCUGGUACCCGGUCACAGAAAAACAGAAAAGACAACAAAUCGUUCCGGAUAAAACUGGUGAAGUCGAGCAAGUCGGGAGGUAACAGCUGCCUUCUCUUAAAAAAAAAAAAAGAAGCUAUUUCACCAGAAAUUCAGCGCUGAUAAAAUUAAGGAGAAAAAAAAAGAAAAAAAGGCUUUAUAUGGCCUUUAAAUGCACAAAAACAAACUUAAAUUUCUAUCAUGUUAAUCUCUACUGGACUGAUCAUGUAAUAUAUGUUAUUUGGGUUUGUGUAAUUUUACUAAAUUAUUUAUUCACACAGGGAACACAAUGACAUGAAACUGUGGUUGUUCUCGCACCUUGAAGAGUUGGCAAAAGGAGAGAAAUUGAUCAGAAAUUAUGUUUUUGGGAAAAUAAUAUUAUGAUUAUUAUUAUUAUUAUUAUUAAGGAGACACUUUGUGUAAGAUUGAGGUGAACCGUCUUUGCCUUUAAUUUCAUUCAUUCAUUCAUUCAUUCAUUCAUGUCAUCAUCUCAGAGAAAUGAGAAAAAAUCAUUUCUGGAGUUUGCACAGUUAAAAAAAAAAAAAUCAUUGUCAUCACUGUCAUUCCACUCAGUUUGUUUUCCUCUUUGAUUUUUAUUUAUCCAUCAAACUACCCAUUUUGUAAACUACCUUUUUUUUUUUUUUUUGCCCCUAAAUUGUACUUGGACAGGUAGCUAAAUGGAUGUAGGAUGUUUUAAAAUAGUGGCAUCAACCAAAGACAUUAUUAAUAAUCACUGACUAUAUUAAACUAACACAACAAAA